AUGCAGAUCGACUGUAAAUUCAUCGUCAGACGCCACGCAGAUGGCAAGUCAUCCCACACAUGCUUUAUUAUGAAUCAAACAAUUCCUGAAAAUGCACAGCUGGAAUUCUGUGGACAUCAUGAAUACACGAAAAGAAUGCAGCCAAUAACUGAAGUUUUAUUUGACAAAUGUGAAAUAUCGAAAGUUCCACAAGGAUUGACUAAAACCUUUCCAAAUAUAACAAGCUUGAGUAUUUGGUACUCGAAUUUGAGGAAUAUUGACAGAAGUGACUUGGUUGAGUAUAAAAAGUUGGAGAAGAUCAGCUUCUGUAAUAAUGAAAUUGAGUUCCUCACUGGUGACUUAUUUAAAGCCUUUAAAAAUCUAGAAAACAUUGCAUUUAAUGGAAACAAGUUGAAGAUCAUCGAACCAACAAUCUUGGAUGGACUGGAUAACCUGAAAAUUGUCAACUUUAGCGGAAAUGUAAAUUACACGAAAUUUUUCUCAGUCUAUCCAAAACAUCAACCAAAUGCGACCCUCGAAGAUGUUAAAAAUGAACUUUUUGAAAAAUUCUACCAAAAUUACCAAAGUGUCAAGAAUUUAGUGAGAAACUUCCAAGAAUGCAUCCAAAAGCUGCAGGAAUUAAACAAAAAGCUGAGGAUAGAAAAUAGAAUGUUGAGUGCUGAUAAUGAAGCUUUAAAUGAGACGAAUCAGCAGCUCAGGAAGCUUAGCAUCUCUUCUUUUGAUUUUAAUCCAAAUUUAGACACAAAACUAACCUCAAAAAUUGACAGCAACUCAAAAAUCACAAAUUUCCUUAAAACCGAUCAAACUUUUAUGGACUUCAAAAUUAUCAUCAAAGACCACGAAUUUCCAGUCCAUAAGAUUGUUCUUGCAGCUCAAAGUCCAACUUUUGCUGAAUUGUUUAAUGUCAAUCCAGCAGUUGAAUAUCUAAACUUAGUUGACAUUUCUGUGGAAACUUUUGAGAUAAUUCUUAAAUUUCUCUACACUGAUGAACUUCCAGGCGACAAUGGGACGAACUUUUUGCAUCUUUUUUCUGCUGCUGGGCAAUUUAAAAUUGAGGAACUAAAGGAAUUUGCUGCAAUAAAGUUGAUAAAUCAUAUUGAUGCUGAAAGUGCACUGGAGGUGCUGAAUUUUAGUGAAAAGUAUGAACAUGAAGAAUUAAGACAAGCAGCUCUGAACAUUAUGAAGAAUAAGUAUCCAGAAGUAGAGUUGAUUGAUUUUGUUGAAGAUUCUUGGAUGUGA